UUUCAGCCACCUCAAUAACCCGAGCAUCGCUAGGGCGAUGCUGGUGGCCGGGUGCUUCCUGCUGUUGGCUUCUCAUUUUGUGUCUGCAGCAAGUGAAGAAUCAUUGGAUCGAACAACGAAAGCUUGGCAAGCACCUCUCCAAGCCAACGUCAGCACUCUUGUCUACGUUCAGCUGGCAUGGCGACAUGGCGAUCGAACACCGGCAGCUUCAGUACCUUUUUGUGAAGAAAGCUCUUGGAGUGAAGGGCUGGGAGAAUUGACCAGAAAGGGAAUAGUGCAAACGUAUCACCUGGGUAAAUGGUUGCGCGCCCGAUAUGGAAGUUGGUUAGGAGAAUAUUUUGAUCGCAAUGAAGUAUAUGUACGAAGCAGCGACUACAAUAGAACGCUUAUGUCCGCACUAGCAAAUAUGGCUGGAUUGUUUCCGCCAUCAAAACCAGAGAUGUGGGAUCCGAUACUGACGUGGCAACCAGUGCCUGUUCACUCUGUCCCAAGAUCUGCUGACAAGGAGCUUUACGAGGACAUCAAUUGCCCUACAGCUGCAGCUGAAUUCAGCACUGUAUGGAAAUCCGGGGUAGUCAGCAAGUUGGAGAAUGAUAACCAGGAUCUCAUCGACUACCUACGAAAGCAUGCUCAGAUGCCUAACUUUCAAUUUUACCAGCUGUGGAUGAUCUACGACAAUCUUUUUUGCAUGCUGCAACACAACGACACGCACAAAUGGCCUAGUUGGAUGAAUGCAACAUUAUUCGACCGUUUGCAAAAAUUGUACGAUGCUUCCUCUCGGAUGAAGUAUCAUACGGAGAUCUUGCGGCGUUUGCGGGGAGGCCCUUUGCUCAAAGACAUUAUCGAUCGCUUCAUUGCAAAAAGGAAUGGAAUGUUGGGUGAAAAGCCAAAGCUUUAUGCUUAUUCAGCUCAUGACACUACUCUCGCUGCUAUGCUGUCUACAUUAGGUAUCUAUCCGGAAGAUUUUCCAAAGUAUGCGACCGCGGUGUUACUGGAGCUUCACAAAAGGGAUGGAGAGUUUGUUGUGGAGGUAUAUCACAAAAAUAUGACCGACAAGGAUGAAGUGUAUCGCUAUGAAAUUCCUGGUUGUCCACAUCCUUGCACACUCGACGCGUUGAAGACCACUGUGCACAAGUAUCUUCCGGUUGACUGGAAAUCAGAGUGCGGAUUAGAUGGGCCAGAUGCCGUUACUUACAUGAUCUCUACGGCAGUCUUUGCCUGUACCACGGCAUUGUUAGGCGGAUUCCUAGCUUUAGAUCUACGGCUAUGUACCAGUUUUGUGAACGAUAAGCUUGGUUGAUCAAGGCUCAAGAAGCUAUCUGUUGGAGCAAAACAAGCUCUGCAAGUCAGCAUCCAAUUCAAGCAGGGUUGAAGCACGUAAAAUUUGAAAACAGAAUUAAAUUUUCAGUUACACAAAAGAAUUUCCGCAAAAAGCUCCCACCCUCAGUUUGCUCAUACGUACAUGCAGGAUAUGUUUUUUCAAAAUAUCAGGAAAGUUGGCUAGCGCCGCCCAAACUUGUGGCUUCCAUAAAGUACAUAAUUUCAACCUGCAGACCUUGCACAAUAGAUGUUUCGCCUUCUACAAUGGCUAGUCUCGAGGCGUAAUGAAUUUAUCACAAAAAACCCA